AUACAAUCUUGUUAGUAUUUUGUAAUGCUGUAAAAAAAAAAAGAAAAAAUAGGGUGGAAAAAAAAUUUAAAUAAAAUUGUAAAAACAAAACCACGGUGACCCAACAAUCAAUAUUAUUGAUUAGGUCUUUAGUGUUGUGAAACAGUUUUUUUGUUAUUGCCGCGGAUGUUUCAGAAUUCUGAAUAAGGUUUUAAUAUAGCGAAUGCUUGACAAAAGUCUGUGGCUGUAUGGUAAUAACCUACCACUACUUCCACGCAGAAAUGAGUCCAGUUUCAAGUUAAGAUUAAUGGAACGCUACGAACGUAUAGGUAAGUUAGGAGAAGGAAGUUAUGGCAUGGUUUUCAAAUGUCGAAAUCGUGAAAAUGGGAAAGUGGUCGCCAUAAAAAAAUUUGUUGAAUCUGAGGACGACCCAUUAAUAAGAAAAAUAGCUCUUCGUGAAAUUCGAAUGCUAAAAACAUUAAAGCAUCCAAAUUUAGUAAAUCUGCUCGAAGUAUUCAGACGUAAAAGAAAACUACAUCUAGUGUUCGAAUUUUGUGAACAUACAGUACUUCACGAAUUGGAGAGACAUCCGUAUGGUUGUUCAGAAAUAUUUACAAAACAAAUUGUAUGGCAGACGUUGCAAGCAGUAGCUUAUUGUCAUAGACAUAAUUGCAUACACAGAGAUAUCAAACCAGAGAAUAUACUGCUUACGGCUCAAGGAGUAGUUAAAUUGUGCGAUUUUGGAUUUGCAAGAUUAAUGAAUCCCGGAGAAAACUAUACUGAUUACGUAGCUACUAGGUGGUAUAGAUCUCCUGAAUUACUUGUUGGAGAUACUCUAUAUGGUCCAUCUGUAGAUGUAUGGGCUAUUGGUUGUGUAGCUGCAGAACUGGUUAGAGGCGAAGCACUUUGGCCAGGAAAAUCUGACGUGGAUCAACUUUACUUAAUACGAUCUACUUUAGGCGAUUUGAUAGCUAGACAUAUGCACAUUUUUAAAAUGAAUGAAUUUUUUCGUGGAAUAAGCUUACCGCAGCCAGAAUUGAUAGAACCUCUUGAAAAAAAGUUACCAAAGCAAGCAUUAUCAAUUCCUCACCUUUUAGAUUUUUUCAAGAUGUGUUUAGAAAAAGAUCCAUUAAGAAGAUGGACAUGUGAUCAAUUGUUACGUCAUCCAUUCUUUGACAAUUUUUCAUUUAAAUACCCAGAAAAUGAUUUGUAUGAAUUUGAAAAAUUAAAAACGUUCAGAGAAAAAUCCAAGAACGGACAUUACAUAAACAUAGCAUCAACAUUAUUUCCUCAAAUCCCGAGCAACAAUCAAAGUCCAGAUUUGGCAAGGCCAAUAAAAGUACCUCAAAAACAUUUUGACCAUCUACCGGACAUCUGACCAAAAAAGUAAAUUCAAGCUUAAAUUGAGUCGAUUGUAUAUUUUAUAUUAUAUACAACGAUAAUAAUUUGAUAAUAGUGCCUUAUUGUAAAUUUAGUAUCCAAAUAUGAAUUUUAUCGUUAUAUAAUUUAUAAUUUUCAAAUUAUCACUUACAACAAUAAUAAACGACACCCCAGUUCAAAACUGAAACAAUUAAAAGAAUUUAGAUUUUGAGUUUUGAUCUUUAAUAAGUUGUACUCAUUAUCAAAAUUUAAAGUUUAUAAAUUAAAUUCAAUAUAACUUAAUUAUUUUUAAAAAAGGACGUUUUUAAUAUUGAAUUUUACAUUUACGUGUAAAAUAUUUUUGAAAUCAUUGUACAGAAAAUUUUGAUUUUUUGAGUUGACAUAGAUUUGAACUUGGGCGUCAAUAAAAUAAUUUGUUAACAAUUGAUUACCAUAAAAAGUACCUGUGCUUUAUAACAUAAAGUUUAUAUUAU